AAUCCAGCAGGUCUCUCCAUGUUUGCUUUCGGCGGUCUCUUCCUCGCUGCCAUUCCACUCACGUCCUGGAUCGCUCAACCCAAUGGCCUUGUCGAGAAGGCCGUGAAUGGAGUCGUGAGCAGUGUGGCUUUCCUGGGCUCUGCAGGCUCGACAGGUUCAGUCGCGCAGACUGGCAAGAUCGCGGCUCUCGCAGCUCUUUAUACCACAGUCACAUAUGCCUUGUCCGGAGCAGGCAGCGCAGCUGGUGUCGCUGCAAGCGCCAAGGAGGGCAGAGACAACAACCACCCACGUGCGCAAGUCAAGAACCUGAGGGGUCUACCGCUACGUCUCCACUCCGCGCAUUAUCAUUUGAUGGAAAUGUUUCCAGGCUGGGCUAUCUCAGCUGCCUUAACUCAGGCCGUUGCUCCAGGUGAUCAAGCUUUGAUCAAUCUGCUUGGUCUCCAUGUGAUUUCCAAGUGCUUUGUUCACUAUCCAGCUUACGUCUUCAACAUCGGCGCCCCCCGGACACUCGCCCAUGUCGUUGCAACAUCCAGCGUUAUCAACGUGGCCUUGAUGCUCGCC